ACUUUUUCUUUUUUUUAUUAUUAUUUUUUAUUAAGAAAAGAAACAAAAAAAAACGAAUAUACCCUACCUUCUCUUUCUUAUUUUAAUAAUGAAUACAAAUCCUCAUGCUUUACUACCAACAACAAGGCUACAAAGCGAAACUGAUUUAGCAAGUUUAUUUGAUUCUAAUCUUCAGAUCUUGUCCUUGUUUCAUUCCUCAUCCACAACAACAACAAACACUUCUUCUUCUUCACCUAUAAAUUCGCAUUAUGAUGAUGAUGAUAGUUUAGAUACGAAAAAAGAUGAAUCUGAUUCGUUAAUAAAUGGCAAUUUUCUUGAUUUCAUAUCCUAUCAGGAUGAAAAUUUAUUACCGAUUAUAAAUAAUGACAAUAAAAGUCAACAACACCUUCAAAUUCAAAUACUCGGAGUACCAAACAAGGGCGCAAAAUCUCGCGUUGAAACUCAAAUUAAACUUUGUAUUCAAUUAAGAGGAGAGAAUGAAAAGAAAGUAUUAAAUUGGUCUUAUAUUCGAUUAAAUGAAAAUAUGAUAGCUAAAUCUAGAUUACGUAAAAAUUAUCAACAAUCUACUUUACUAUUAUUGGAUGGUUCUACUAUGAUCUCUGAUGAAUCAAAGGUAUUGCAAUUAGAUGCAAAGGUAAUAUGUGCAAGUAAGAGUAACACAAUUACAGAUUGUCAUCAACAAUCGAUUCGAAUGUGUAUGAGCUGUGUACGACGUGAAGUAAGUAAGUUUUUUAUUUAUUCUUUGUUUAAAAAAAAAAUACAAUACAUAUUAUCUUCUUCUUCUCCUUCUUAACGUCUUCUUUAUUAGAGAAAAAGAGCUGAUAGGUCAAAUAAAAAAUCAAAGUCAUUUAAAGAAGAAGAUGGAAAUUUGGAAGCUGAAAGAGAUCGUAUUUUAUUAUUUAAUUGUAAUCCUUUAAUCAACUUUUCU